AUGGCGGUUGCCAUGGAGAGGCCGCCGGUGCACAGGCUUCGCCACACCGGGGCCUCGAUUCUCAGUGGCACCGACUCGGUUCGCUCGUCGCGGACGGGCAGCCGUGCUGGGGAUGUGGAGCCAGAGGACAUGGGCUACGCACGGCCAGAGCAGAAUCCUGGACUUGCUGCACUGGAGCGGCCCCCACCGAUGGUACCCAUGCCGGGUGGGGCCUUUCCGGUGCUCGACGCGCCAUGGAUUCCGCAGAUGCCUGGAGACAUGCCUUUUGGCAUGGAGAGCUCCAGAUCGGGCAGCUCCCGCCCCGAG